AUGUCUAGCUCCUCAGGUCAGUCUAGUCGAACUCAGAGCUCCUCCGGUCAGUCUAGUCAAACUCAGAGCUUCUCAGGUCAGUCUAGUCAGACUCAGAGCUCCUCAGCGGACACGACGAAGGACCCGUGCCGGAGUGUGAGGUGCAGUCGUCAUAAAGUGUGCGUUGCUCAAGGGCUUCAGAGAGCCGUGUGCGUCCACCGUAAGAAACUGGAGCACAGGGUGAAACAGGAGUCUCCUCAUGGCAGGUGCAGAGCCUGUCCUGUCUCCUCUGCUCCUGUCUGUGGCUCUGAUGGACACAACUACGCCUCUGAGUGUAAGCUCCAGCAGCAAGCCUGUCUCACUGGAAAAGACUUAAACAUCCUGUGCUCUGGAUUCUGCCCCUGCGCCGCCUCAACCACCAACUCACAACCCAAACAAGUGAGUUGCAGCGCAGAGGAGCUGGCCGACCUGGGGGACAGACUCAGAGACUGGUUUCAGCUUCUCCAUGGAAACAACAAAAGGAACGACAGCAGCAGAGAGGAGAGGAGCACUACGACUACUACAGCGUUGGACAGGAGUGUGGAGAUGAGCUGCAGAGACUCGAUCACUUGGAUGUUUUCGCGCCUGGACUCAGACCUGGACCAGUCCUUGGACCGGUCUGAGCUGGAGUCCAUAAACCUGGACCAGUACGAGGUCUGUGUGGGGUCCUUCUUCAGCUCCUGUGACUCCAACAGAGACGGGGCCGUGUCCAGAGCCGAGUGGUGCCUCUGCUUCUGGAGGAGAGACAAGCCUCCGUGCCUCGCUGAACUGGAGAGAAUCCAAGUCCAAGAAAAGAGCAGGAGUAGCACAAUGUGGGUCCCGAGCUGUGACGAGGAGGGGUACUUCAGGAGGCUGCAGUGUGACCUGAGCAGGGGCCAGUGCUGGUGUGUGGACCCCCACGGAGGAGAACUCACCGGGACCAGGAACCAGGGGACCCCAGACUGUGAUGAAGUGGCUGGACACUCGGGCGACUUUGGCAGCGGAGUGGGAUGGGAGGAUGAGGAGGAGACGAAGGAGGACAGACGAGAAGAGGAAGAGGAGGAGGAAGAGGAGGAGAGCGAAGCCGAUGACGGAGGAUACAUCUGGUAGAAGGACUUAAACUGAGAGAGAGAAAGAGAAAGACGGAGAAAGAACAGACUGGAUUAGAUCUGAGUGUUAGACCAGUAAUUGUUCAAAUUAAAUUAAAUAACUUCUUCUUUUCUUCUUCUUUUUGUUUAAAUUCUUUGGUUAACUCCGGAGUUG